AUGGCCAAAUCCGAAGUUGUCAUGGAAUAUGGGACGGACCCGACCUCGGGUCAUUCGUCUGAUGACGAAAACCACCAUGGCAGUCUAAAGACAACUCUUCCUCCUCCACCAAAGGGCGGCAUCGUCGGUCACUUUACGAGCGAUAUUCGACCAACCAUGUUCGCCGAAUUGCAGCUGCUGAUACUCACUUUUUGCACUGGCAUUCAAGACGCCACUACCUUUCCCGACUACCACUGCUUCGCUUCCAACCAGACUGGCAAUACCGUCCUCCUGUGCCUGGCCAUUGUCUUUCCUCAAGCCAACGGUGACCUCUUCAUCGUCCCCAACAUCGGCAUGGCCCUCGGCCUCUUCCUCAGCGCCGGCUGGCUGACGGGACAGCUCGGCCACAUGGUCGGCCCCCGCAAGCGCUGGUGGCUCGUUCUCUGCAACCUGAUACAGACCUCGCUCGUACUUGCCGCCGCCGCCGUGCAAUACAAGUUUGGCGUCCGCGACCGGGGCUCGUCGGCCCUCGCCGUCAUUGGCCUGCUGGCCGCCGCCUCGGGCAGCCAGGUUGUGCAGUCGCGCAGUCUCGCCAUGACGGAAAUCAGCACGGCCAUGGCGACGGCCGCAUGGGUCGACUUGAUUAUCGACCAAAAGCUCUUUUCCAUCAACAACCGUCCCCGAACCCGCCGGGUUGCUUUUCUCCUCGCCCUCGUUCUUGGCUCUCUGAUCGGUGCUCUCAUCUACAGGGAGGUUGGCUCUCCGACCGCGAUUGCGGUUUCCGGCGCUGGAAAGCUCGUCGUCACACUCAUGUUUAUUUUCACCAACGCCGAGAAACAGCUGCAAAAUAGCUCAGCGUAUCAAGUCGCCGAUACGCCGCCGAUUCCGCCGAUUGUGGCGCUGGCCCGUGUUACAAGCCUUAUUUCCGGGCGAAGGAUUUUCAGCUGGAUCCGUCUUAACUUGCCUUUGCGAAGAUACUUUCUAGCCAGCCACAUUAUGCAGGGCUGA